UGAAAAAUAUUAACGAGCAGCUCAACACAUACGUUACAUCUCCUUUGCAAGCGCCGGUAGUAAAACAAGAUCAACUACGGUUAGCAGUCAGAAUUGACGUUUUGAUCAGACUUAGCGAGAACCUGCGAGACUUAUACACCGAAACACAAGAAAUGAGUUGCGAAGCUACUAAGUGUAGCAAAGACUUAAGGAGAGACUAUUAUGGCCUUGCCUAUCACGGGCUUAGGGAGGAACACUUUGAAUUGGUCCACCGAGUAAAGAAUUUGGAAUCUGCAAAAGAGGAUAUGUCUGAAGAGGAAGGAAAAGAAUACAAAAAACUUCAGUCAUAUCAGAAGGACAGACAAAGACAAGUCGAGGCAUUGGAUAAAGUGUGGAGACGUCUUUUUUCUCCGGUAUGUGAACAGAGCAAAACUUAUACUUUCAGCCACAUUGGUUACUCGACUUUCCUACGCAUAAAAAAAUAGGCAAAACAAGCUAAACGGUAUCAUGUCAUAGUGCAUAGUUAGAGAAGGUCCUAAAGAACGAAAUUUCUUAUUUAUAAUCUUAUCGGUUCGCCCUUGCAAUACUCUGCGAACAGAGACCCUUUGGUCUUCGAUCUUCUUCGACAGAGAGGGCUUCUGCUCGGAGGGUCUGCUUGCUAUCAUUUCAAACAUCAGCCGUGGGGCCAGUUGCACAAACUUAGUCGGCCGGUAAAAAGCAAUUUUAACGCGACAUUUAGUCACGAUGCAGAAGCCUCUUGUCAGUUCAGCCCAAAGCUUACUGACUUUCGUUAUAAUUGCAGAUCGAUCGCCUUCCUAAAACAACAGCAUCAGAUCCUACUGGCAGCAAGUCAAGGGGUCGUAAAAAGGUAAAUGCAUAUAUGCUCAGGAUAUGAUCUAUUCACCAAACGCUAAAUACAGAGAGUUUUCACAUGACAUCAUGGCGGCCAUCAUUUGGUGUCCCAAAAGAAUAAGACAGCGGCCAUGUUGAUGUUCCAAACUAAUCCUGUGGGAGUUGAACUCUUUUCUUAUGCAAACGCUUUCUAUUGUUCCAAUAUCCACGCAUAGAUGCUGGUCACGUGAGUGGAACCGCUCUAUAUGAUAUAUGGUAGCCAUCACAAAGUGUCCACAAGAAUAUUAGUUUUCCAACAGAAGACAAUGGUCAUUCUGUCGUAUAUUAAGCAAAGAUAUGAAAAGGAAAAACAACACAAUCAAACACUAAAUGCUUUUAGUAUUACACACUCAGUGAUCUUGGUAAUUCAAGCAAUCUGAUUGGUUAGCUAUCUCGGACUAUGACGUUGAAUAAUAUAUAGAUUUAGCCAGGGCUAAAAGCGAGGCUCCCAUUAUAUAUUUAUAAUUUAAAUCAAAAAAUAAACUUGAAUUCCACAAUUCAGUUAACUUUAGAGCACAUAGCACAUUCAUGUGACUUUUGAGGGAAAGGCUAAGUGAUUUUAGAGAAAAAUAAUUUGCAAAUAGCCCAAGAGUGAACAAAAUCUUACAUCGAGUUGAUAACCUCAUAUGUACACCCAAAAAAUAGCAAUCAUCUUCGAUCACAUUUAAGAGCCAUAAUGGCUCUUGUCACCGUAAGAUUAAUUAGGCCUGGAAAAAAAAUCAGGUUGAAUUUUUUUGCGUUCGACAAGUUUACUUUACAAAAUCUUGCAAACAAAUCUGGUUGCGUGUAAACCAACCUUUUAUACCAUUUAUACAUCACAUCUGAGGUGAAACAGUACUAUGAGGUACUGUUUUUAUCAUACAGACCUCGGACAGAAGUCAGUAUUUCACAAUUUUGCAACAGAAAUUGCACUCAUUCAAUAUUCAGGACGAUCGAAGCACGCGUGGCCUUUUAGCUAAACCGUUAAAAAAAUGUCCAAAAUCACAUAUACAGCCAGCCGGUUCUCACUUUUGCAGUGCGAGCUGUAGCGAAUGUUUGAACGAACAUACUAGAGUUAAGCUCCAACAUAAUAAAGAAAUUAUUAUGUUUAUUUUUUUAUUUAAUGGUUUUAUCGAUCUGUAAUCUUUAAAAGCGUUUGAUACGCGCGGCAUUUUGAGUACUCCUGCAAGCGAUGUUUAUGAACGCCUGAAAACAAACGGCAAAGCGAUGAAAAUUACAAGAGAGACUACCAACAAUCAAUAAAGGAAAUAUAAUUCGGCGAAACAUAUACAGAGACAACAUUUUUCAUUCACGAAGACAAAUAUUAAAGUGUCUCUAAAAAUCCUGAGUCUUCAAGCUUAAAAACCGGCUUCCCGGUAUUUACUUUUUUCACAGAUGAACUCGAGGCAAGAAAAUCGCUCGAAGCUUUCUUUUACGACAGAAUUAUAACUAAAUGUUCUUUGGAACGUUUUCUUUCUAUCUGCGGUGAGAAAAUGUCUAAAGACUUUUUAAAGUUGUGUAAGCUUAUAUCAAGUUUACCUGAUUCUUGGUCAGAUCAAAUUGUCUCAAAUCUUACAAACGUGCAUAAACUACAUAGCCGCAUAAACUACACUCGACUUCUUUAAAUUAGAUAUAAAAAACAAACAUCAAACACAAUAAUUACUGAGGCUUACCAUUCGAGAUGCAGCUCCUGAAAGGUAUCAAGUAAGGCCAGUAUCGCUUCAGAGUUUUCAACCUUUACGCAUCAAGCAAGGUGAAAAACAAAAACGUUGACAUCCGAAAUCGGAUUCCCGACUUUGACAAGUGAUGUAUUAAUUUCUCAACCAAAAACCAACUAACCAUGAAUAACAGAAGGCUCCUGAUAGCAGCUAAAUUUCAUUUUGUGCAUCCAGUGAAAAAAGACAGUUUAAAACAUCACAAGUUGACACAAAACUCUCUCAGCUUCAGCUGUCAAAGUAAACAAGAUUCAAGAUGCUGCAUAAAUUUUCCGCAUGAGCUCACCUGUCAAAUUUUGACCAAUAAGAGCAUAAAAAAUGGACGUAGAGCGUGACCAACGCGUGACCAUGGUGAGCAAAGUCAAAAGCAACUGUCUUGCCUGUGAUAGCUGGCUGAAUUUUCGGGUCCGAGGUCAGUUUUAAAUCAAAAUUUUAAUUGUGCGGCCCAAAAACAAAACAUUUUCAUAUGAAUGAAAAAAAAUCAAACUUGAGCCUGCGAUCAUUUGAAAACUAGAAACUUGUCAGCGGAUAACUUCAAAAAAUACUUGACCUCGAUGGGUUAACACCUGAGCCCGCGAUACGGUCAAGUGAUACUGGUCAGCGGAUACCCUGUUUUGACAGCUGUCAAUUGAUCAAAACAUUGAUGUCUAAUGGAUGUGUGCAUUAUCAGUUUUCCUGUGCUCACAAACUAGCUAGAAAGUAUGAGAUUGAAUAUUGAUCGCGAUCUAGUAAAACAACUGGUCAGCGGACAGCUUCCAAAUAACUCACGUCACCUUGAUGAGUUGACACAUGAGCCCCCGAUAUGGCAAUGUGAUACUGGUCAGUGGCUAUCCUGUUUUGACAGCUGUCAAUUGACCAUAUCGUGAAUGGCCAAUGUAAAAGAUGUGGAUUUGCUAAGACACGCCUGAGACACCCCUCCCUUCCUUUUGAUAGUCUCCCCUACCCUACCCGUACAAUCUGUAGACGCGUACGUACGUACGUACGCUCGGUCAGUCACGUGACAACCAAAAGAAAAGAAGUUGACCAUAUUCCAUGAGUAUGGGGCUCUGUCCCACGCGCGCUUCGCGCGCGAGGGAGCCCCGCUAUAAAGCAGAACAAAAUCGCUGACGUGAAGUGGGUGUUUUGCCAAAGUUUUAUAGUAAAGCCUUUUGAAAGUACACGAAUAUCCAAGUGCUGAUGACUUUGAAGGCAAGAAAAGACUUCAUGGUGUUAAUGCAGCGUGAUUUUUGCAUCAGUCAAUUCCACUUGCGCCACUUGAAUGUUCUCGAUUUUAUGGAUACAUUUCUUCAUUGCUUAUCAAAAUUACAUAGUGAAAUUGGAGGUAUCGAUGUGAAUCAACGUUUUUGGGUUAUCGAAUCAAAUUUCUGUUGAUAUUAUUUGACGAACAUCCUUUCAUAUGUAUAAAACUUUUCAUAUCAUAUAACUUUACAGCGCUCUAUUAAUUUUAAAGUCAAGAAUUUUAUUUCAAUACUAAAACCAUAAACUGGUACAUGUCGUCGUUAGAAUUGUUAGAAUCCUAGCGCAUCGUUAGAAUCCUAGCACUAUUACACACGAAGACGUUAAUUGCAACAAAAAAUCGCACAUUAAAUAGCUUAAAAUGGUGCUAUUCGACUGUGCGAUCAAUGAAAAAUGUUGCGGUGUUGACUGAGGACGGGGCAUUUGCCGUCUUUUUUCGUCCCCACCCUGAGGGAUUUGACAGCUCAAGAGUCCACCCCCCCCGGAAUUUGCAAUCCAGGGCAAAAAAAAAAGGGUCAGCCCGGGGUGGGGAAGGGGGGGGGGGCUGGGCGCAGGUGGAAUUGACUAAUGCAUUAUUGUGAAGUGGUUUACUGGUUUGCCUAUAAAUAGAAGUUAAUUUAUGGAGAAAAGAGGAAGGAAACUAUUUUCGAAAAUUGUACGUGCCAGCAAGUUAACAAGGCAAACAACUUUGGAGGUAAACAACGCUCACCUUGAUCGUAGCCGCUGUUGACAGCAUUUUCAAGAAGCGACAAAGAAAACUUUCUCAUUCACGGUGAGUUGACAGAAACAAAUAAAGCUCUACUUUUCUUCUCAGAAUUUCGGCGUUUUGUUUUAAACCGUUGAUGCUAAAGCUUACAAAACUCGAUACAUAAAGAUUAAAACUAUCAUUUGCCAUGUUUGAAGAUACUGUAAAGAUCUAACUUUUGCGCAUCCACUGUUUACGGCUUCGUGUUCACGCAUGAAUUCACCCGUCAAUCAAACUAAUCGUUUUUUAAUAGUUUCCUUUCUGAUUCUGUUGAGAUCACUUCGUGUGAAUAUACUAAAACAAUUAUUCACCUCAGGCUCAGUUAAUAUUGCUGAAUAAUCCCCUCGACUUACUCAACAAUAUUAACUUCGCCUUCGGCGAAUGAUGUUAAAUAUUUCAGGCAGUUCUUCGUGUCCGUCGUCACUUCAUUUAAGCUGCAUGUUCCCGCUUUUCUGGAACUAUUAUGAACAGAAAAGAAAAUGGGAAAGAAAGAAAUCCAAGAAAUCAUUUCUUAGCUCUGAAAUCCGUUUGCGGAUUUCGCGUUCGGUUGCAAAUCCGAAGCCCGGAUUUUAUAAUCUGAAUCCACAUUUCCCAAUCGAACGCACCCUGAGCUAGAGAUGAAUAAGAAGAAAAGUCGGUUUGCAAUUUCACUUUUCUUUUUAAAUUUCCUCCUGAUUUUCGAAACUUUUAACCAGUUUUCUACCAUUUUUUUCCAUUUUUGUCAAAGAGAACUUGGAUGAGGUAAAACCGGCUAAAGGAUUAAACUUUUCUGCCAGACAUAAACUAUAGGAAACAUGGAUUUCAACUAAACUGAGGUCAAAUUAAUGAGUAAUUAAUUAAAUUGAAUUAUCUCACAGUGAAGUACUCUUUUGUCCUAUCUGGUCAAUUAUCCCAGUGUAUUUCUCGUAGAAGAGCAUGGAAAUACAGGGCGUUAAUUUGUUUUACAGGACUCAAUCGGCAGCUAAUCGGCAUUCAUUAAGUCUCCUCUAAAAAGUUAAGGAGAAUACACCGCGCGCUUAGCGCCCGCUUCUCAGGAUUUAGAAAGGACGCUCGGUUACCAAGGCCUCUGCGAACGCCGAUGGAGUUCUGAAGAGUAUUCCCAUGCUUUGCGGAACAAGAUAAUAUACGAGACAAGACAAAGAAUACCUCAAUGUGGGUAAUUCAACCUUUUUACACAGAGGUUUAACCUUUUUUUAGUCGAAAACCAUGUUUCCUCUGUUUACGUUCUUUGGCUUAUGGUUUAAAGUGUAUUUAAGCAAUCGGAAUUAAUGUCUCACGUUCUUGUCUGCUGCUCCUUUACUAUUCAGUUAGACAAGGACCGGGUCCCGCUUGGGGGGAAAUUUCAAAGAAAAAAACAGGGUAAAACAGCCCCCCCAGAAAAGUAGCAAGCGAAGCUAAGAGAGUCAUUUUUUUCCCGUAAACAACACACUACGGGAAUUAAAUAAAUAUAUUCUUUCAUAAAAAAGUUAAAACGGGGUACGAAUUUUCAUUUGCCUUUUUAUAUCAUCACAAGUCUACAGAAAAAUGAUAUACGGGGUGGUUAGCAUUGUACAAUUUUUUUUUCGCAUGCACCAUCAUCAAAAAUAGAGUGUAUGAUUUUGUAAAUGAACUGUUAAGCAGAAUACUGACGGAUGGCGUAAACAAAAAAAAAUGGGGAAUACAGCAAGUUAAGCAUUCAGGGAAAGUGAAUUUGUUUGCUGGACAAACUACUGGAAAGAUUUUUAUAAAGAGCGUAAACACUGUAAAUAAAAUAAAUCAAUAAAUUUUACGGGGUUUUCUAGUUUUGUACAAACUAACUGCCGUUCACAAUAAUGACUUCUCAGGGGCUCCCAACGUCAAUUUUCGGAAAAUAUCUGUUCUUUUCCCGUAAACAACACACUAUGGGAAGGAAAUAAAUAUAUUCUUUCAGGAAAUUAACUUUAUUUUUAUUUUGCAGCUCAUGCUUAAAAAGAGAUCCUGAGUUGGAACCGCCCUUCAGUCCAUCCAGUCUAGAAGGUAGGAGGGUGGUGAAAAACAGAGCUCUGGUGCCCCAUACAUGUUAAUGAGGGAUAGGUAAUUCAGUUAUGAGGGUCUCAAUGGGGUAGACUUGCUACAAGUCGACCUCACGAGUUUAUUAGCGAGCGGAGCGAGCUCUUCAGGCCGAGAAGCGGUCAAGCUGCGGCCAAGCAAGCGAUGAAGUCGUGAGAGGUCGUCCUACGCCAUAUUAGAUCGGAUGAAGGACUUUUUAAAAGUCUAUCAAUGGAUUGGUAGCUUUGACGUCUGACGGUUAAAUUUAGAGCUUUUGACGGUUGACAGUUAUUAAGUGGAAAUUUAGUCCAAGAGUUAAGCUAAUAUUAUCUUUUUGUAAGUUAAUUAUAAAUGUUGUGUUUUGGAGGUUGUCUUUGCCUUACAAUUACAGAAUUUAGAAAUAUUUGGGAUAUAAGCAUGUUCUAAGGUCUUCUUACGUCUAGAGAGAGUAUUCUUGAGAACAUGCAUGGGAACUGGUGUUUCCAGUUCGUUGAUUCUUUCGCAGCCAGAAGUCCGUUUGAAGAUCAGCCUAAAGAAAUAGACAGAUUUGAAAUACCCCAGUUCAAACUUUUAGUCUGCAUUUUUGACAGUUGACCGUUUGACAGCUUACUGUUAACCCCAUUGAGACCCUCCGUGAAAUUGCUAGUCAGAAUAAUUUGACGAUUUAUUCACUUUGGAAGCGGAAGCAAUAGACAACAACAACUUUAUUGACUUUAUCAUCAGCAUGAAGAUUUCGGUGUCAAAAAAGACAGAAUAACAACGAGUAAAAUAUAAAUAAGAUAAAAGUAAAGUAAC